AUGGUUGAUUAGAUUAGCUGAACUACCAAGACAAAAUUAAAAAAGUUAUUGAAUUUAUUAUGGACGGAGAUUUCAAAAAGCCCUCUCAUGAAUUUCUUGUAAGCGAGAGGGAAAUUAAUCGCUUCUUCUCAAUUUUCAUUCCUCCAAAAUGAUUAACCAAUCUCUUACAAUUUCAAAUCCUUCGAUUUCAUUCGCAGUCCCCAAAUCUCCCCUGAGAAAAACGAUACGAUGUGAAUCGUCCCCGAAUAUCGUCAAUGUGUCGUCGUCGUCGAAGCCGUUACCGGCGGCCGGGGAACUGAUGGAGUCGGGAGAGAAGAAGGUGCCUUAUCCGGGAGGAAUGGGUCCGUUCACAGGCAGAGAUCCCAACGUGAAGAAGCCUGCGUGGCUAAGGCAGAAAGCGCCUCAGGGACACAAGUUUCAGGAGGUCAAGGACUCUCUCUCGCACCUGAAACUCAACACCGUCUGCGAGGAAGCACAGUGCCCCAACAUAGGAGAGUGUUGGAAUGGAGGCGGCGAUGGUAUUGCGACUGCGACGAUCAUGCUUCUGGGGGAUACUUGUACUCGCGGUUGUAGAUUUUGUGCUGUCAAAACCAGCAGAAACCCUGGACCACCUGACCCAAUGGAACCCCAAAACACUGCUACGGCCAUUGCAAGUUGGGGGGUAGAUUAUAUUGUUCUGACGAGUGUAGAUCGUGAUGAUCUACCUGAUGGUGGAAGUGGACAUUUUGCUCAGACUGUCAAAGCUAUGAAGGAGCUCAAGCCUGAGAUAAUGGUAGAGUGUUUAACUUCCGAUUUUCGAGGUGAUUUAAAGGCUGUAGAAACUUUGGUACACUCAGGAUUAGAUGUCUUUGCUCACAAUGUUGAAACUGUGAAGCGACUCCAGCGAAUUGUCAGAGAUCCUCGGGCUGGGUACGAACAAAGUUUAUCUGUUCUAAAACAUGCUAAGGUCAGCAAGGUGGGGAUGAUAACAAAAACUUCUAUAAUGUUGGGCCUAGGAGAAACCGACGAUGAGUUGAAGGAAGCCAUGGCCGAUUUAAGGGCCAUAGAUGUUGACAUUCUGACGCUGGGACAAUAUCUUCAGCCAACUCCAUUACAUUUGACUGUCAAGGAGUACGUUACCCCUGAGAAAUUCGUCUUCUGGAAGGAGUACGGAGAGUCUAUUGGAUUUCGAUAUGUCGCCAGUGGUCCCCUGGUUCGUUCCUCAUACAGGGCAGGGGAGCUAUUUGUUCAAACAAUGGUAAAAGAAAGGGCAAACACAGCAUCUCCGUUGUAGGAGCAGAGAGUUCGAAUACAUGAAGUAGAGAUUGAUUGAUGGCACCCAGCUGAAUACCCUUGCCGAGUCAGUCAUGAAACAGGCUUAAGUGCAUACAUUUUGCAGGCACGAGGAUCCACAUUGGUUGUCAAUUUUCCCCGAUAUGGCGUGGCAAGAGUGUGAUGCUGGAAUCAGGUAAUGAAAUGAUAAGCUGAGUCUUAUUUUGUUGAGAGACUCGUGGGAGUUUAUUUAGUGAUUUUUCAAGUGAAACUAUAGUUGUGAAAUGGCCUUAAACUUUGUUCAAUUUAUUAAUACUGUAGCUAUACUGUUCAUCGUAUACUGCUUCUAUAAUUAUAUAUACAAAUUAGUUGCAAAUUCUCUAUUUAUGUA